UCAGGCAUGGAAAUGCUCCUGAGUCGGUGCCUAUUACCCCUGAGUCAUAGAAAUUGACAAAAAUGCCCUCGAUAUUAUAUCAAAAAAUUACAUUUCUUCUUUUCUCAUUUUCUUCGUUUGUUCCGUCAAGAGGAGAGAUGGGAGAUAAGCAACCAAACCCGAUCUCCAUCAUCGCCCUCAUCUGAUAUCUCCUUCGUCUUCAACUGAUAUUCUCCUUCAUCACCUCAUCUCAUCUUUUGAUCUGUUUCAUAUCAUCUAAAAGCUUCCUUUUGAAUCAUCAUCAUCUUCAGGUAUAAUAUCCUGGUUAGUGCUACCAAAUCAUCAGGGCUAGUUCGCAUAUAACCUUAUACAUUAUCUCAGUAGGCAGACAUUUGUUUCCAUCACUGGAUCCUAAAGCAGUUCUCUAUGGAGAAAAAAGAAGAUGAAAAAGCAAAUAAGAUAACUUUUAGGAGCAUCCCAGCAUUUAGAGGAUUAUUUAUUGACCAAUGUUUGGCACAAGCUACUGAGCAUGGGUUUUCUGGAACUUCUUUGAAGCAAACUUCGUGGGGAAAUUUGUGCAAAUACUUUUCUGAGAAGUAUGACUGCACUAUCACCCAAAAGAAAUUGAGAAACCACUGGGAUUACUUGCGCACCCAAUAUGUCACUUGGUCCCGUCUCUUAGCAAGAACCGGGCAUGGGUACAACGCGGAGACGAACACUUUUGAUUGGAGCGAAGAGCAGUGGAUUGAAUUAGACAAGACAAUCAAAAACGCCAGUCAAUUCAAGAACAAGGGACUGGAAGAUGCAGAGAAGUUGCAGAAUUUAUUCGAUGGGAAGUUCUCUACUGGAGUUAAUAGGGAUACGCCUGGAAGAACGGAACCACCUUGUUCAGCUGGAACUUCUACAACUAAUGGAUCUGAAUCUCGUACAACUCAUGGAAAAGAACAAAAUCAUGAGGAUGACAACGAGGUUGAUUCUAGUCUCAAUGCAAAGGGGAGUGGCAGGAAAAGGAAGAAGGAAAUGGAGGAAGCAUCAAGUGAUCUAUUAACUGAGAAAGUUUGUUCUAUUGUAACAUCGAUGGAGACUCAUCUUCAACAUAAGAAACUUGCUCUAGAAAAGGAUAACGCGGCCGAAUUCAUGAAAGCUUUGGAUAAUUUACUUGAGACUGAUUGUAUCACAAUGGAUGAGUAUUUGAGCAUAAGUUUAAAAGCUUCAGAGAUGCCUGGUUGGCAGAAAUUGUUUGUCAGUUUGAAAAGCAAUGAGCUUCGUGUUGCCUUUGUACACAAGCUUUUAAAAGAACGUUGA